AACGUUCUUGAGGAGUCGAGAAAAAACCCUUGUUCAAAAGAAAAACUCCAUGAUACUGGAGUGUACUAGUUUCUCAUUUUUUUAAUGCUUAGUUAUUAAUGUUCUUCAACAGUUAAGUGUGUUUGAUCUAGAGCACACGUUCUCAGCGAUUAUAAAUAUACACACUCCAAUCCCAUUCUCUCCAAGCUCUGUUCGAUCUACUCACCUUCCCAAUCAUAUUUUCCUCUUUCCUCCUCGCUUUUCCCUUCUCCACAUACCAGCUGUACUUCUUCUCACAGCUCAUUCACAAACAUUAAUGGGUGGGAAUUCCCCAUGCGCUUCCUGCAAGUUGCUCAGGCGUCGAUGCGCCAAAGACUGCAUUUUCUCCCCUUACUUCCCUUCUGAUGACCCCCACAAGUUUGCCAUUGUUCACAAGGUCUUUGGCGCUAGCAACGUUAGCAAAAUGUUGCAGGAGCUCCCGGUUCACCAGAGGGCAGACGCAGUGAGCAGUCUAGUUUACGAGGCAAACGCAAGAGUGAGAGACCCUGUUUAUGGGUGUGUUGGAGCCAUAUCUUACCUACAAAACCAGGUCUCACAGCUACAAAUGCAGCUAGCAGUGGCUCAAGCAGAGAUACUGUGCAUCCAGAUGCAGCAGGAGCCAGCCAUGCCAACCACACAGAUGGACCCAGAUGACAAAUCAUACUUUCACCACGAUAGCCUCCCUCAGUACCUUAAUUUUGCCUCCUCUAGCAAUGUAAUUCAUGACUCUCUCAAGAGAGAGAGCAUUUUUGGACAAGACAUGGUUUCUUAAUAAAAUCGUUUCCACCUUUUGAGCCUUCA